AUGCCUGCUCAACGCCAUCAAAUGUUCUACUUCUCAGAUGGCACCCACAUCUUCCGGGCAGGAGACUCGCUCUUCAAGGUGCAUGCAAGCAUCCUUGGGGAUAAAUCACUUGGGUUUAGGGAUAUGUUUGCUGCAAGCCAGGACACCCAAUUUGAAGAGGUCGACGGUAGCACUGACGACAAACCCAUAUUUGUACCGUCGCAAAUACCUAACGACACUGUCAUUCAACUACUGGAGCUGAGCGACAUGUAUCUUUGCAAAGAUGCUCGUGACUAUGCUGUUCACAAUCUCCAGCGCAACUGCUACUCACUCAAAUCGACACGACUUAUUUCACUCGCUUUGAAGUACAACAUCAAAGACUUCUUGCCGCAUGCUUUCGAGCGCCUCGUUUCAGCUCGCAUCAAUGACAUAUCCGAUGAUGAAUGUCAUGCUGUUGGGCCCGUUGUGUGGAACACGAUGUUCAAGGUCAAGGAACGUCUGGAUGUACACCGUCGGAUUAUUGCAUGUGAAGCCUGUCACGAAUCCCAAAUAUGA